GGUAUGAUGCAAGAGGGGCAGGGCUCAUGACUCAUUCACACACCAAUGACAGCAUCAGGAGCAACUUACACUUCAGUAUCUUGCACACGGAACUUGAGAUCAAACCUACCAUAAGGGCAGGGGUGUCCAAAGUGCGGCCCGGGGGUGCCACUAACUUUACAGACAAAAUGAAUGAAGGUUACCAGUGUUGUUAGACAUAGUUUAUAUUACUGUCCCCAAAAAAGUAAUUGCAUUAGUAAUGGAAUUACUCCUUCAUAAAUGUAAUGAGUUACCAGGAAAAGUAACUAUUGUGUUACUUUAGUGAAAAACCUUCAAAUGCUGUAUGUUUGGCUUUGUAGUGGCAUGUGCCGCUGAUAGAUGGCGGGCGUGACGAGGGCAGCGACAUCCAAACGCUGCAAACGCAGCAAGGAUCCCAGCAGAAAGACAAAUACAAACCCCAUAAAACGCUUACAACUGCAAAUGAACCCCACAAAUGAACAAAGCGCCUUUAAAGACAUGAGUUGAGUGGCCUGAAUAAAGACGUCUUGGUCGUAACAAGCAGUUGCUCUACAAUGCCGCCUUCUUGUCAACACGAUCCACACAGUUGACCAUACAGGAUAUAUGAACGUGUGUUCACCUCACUGCCAGUGUUGAGGCGGGAUUGGCUGUCUAAGCUCGUGCUUCUGCAGCCAGACAGCAGCACACAAUCAUGGUGCGCUCAAGGACCACCAAACAGUGCGAAAUCUCAACGCUUGACGAAAAAGUCUUAGUAUUGUGUGCUUUCUGACGGUGGUCCAUAUGCUGUACAUUUGACCUCUACUAUCAAGUAUCGUGGCCCAUUUUGGAAGAAAAAAUCAUUAAAUAAAGUCAUUUUUUGACAACAAAAAUCCACAAAUUUGUGAAUGCUGGAUCACGGGUGUGCGGGGAUCUGUUGUCUAUGUUUGAAGUAUCUGUUAACUUUCAAUCAGUGUUCUGUAGAAACACUAAAAUACUCUUAAUCACUACAAUAACCGUCAAGGAGUGGACUACCUGCCAGGUUCUGAGUUUGACUCUGUGGCUAAUUAAUGCAAGUGCAGACAUAACAUCUACACAGCUCAGAUGACAUCAUAACUUUAUAGCUGCAGGGUUUUCUUCCAUGAAACGGAUGAUAGGCUGUCAGGAAAGGGUUGGGAUUUGACAAUAAAAGCAUGAACACACGUCGAGUCCAAGUCAGAAAGCCUUGGUCACCUCAGCUUUGCAUGUGCCCCGCCUGGAGUCAUCACCACAGAGAAACAAGCUUGUGAGCGCUCCCCCAAACAUGAAGCCUAUCGCUGAGGGCAUGUCCCACGUAGUACCCAAUCACGUUCUGAGAGUGGGUCAGACUAUACGUCUGGACCCAGAACAGGAGACUGUCACCCAAUAUUCCAGUCCAAGCAAGCCCAGCAGUCGCCACAGUGGCUUGGAUCUUGACAUUUCCCUGGAUAAUCUCAACCAGCUCAUGAUAGAACUGGACCCAACCUUUGAACCCAUCCAGGUCAACAAAAAACAUCCGCGCAUCAGCCCUGCUCCAGAUGGAUGCUGCUCCUCACCCACAGUGUCCCCCAGCAUCCCCAUUCCCAGACCCACAAGUCUCAGCUUCAGUCCCCCAGGCACAGUUGUCUUUUCUGGAUCCCCCUCCUCUUCACGGCCCUGGCUGCCAUGUGGGGGUGCAGCCCGACAGAAUCCCUCAAUGAGGCACGAUAUAUCCGGCUCUCAAGGAUCCUUACGCUUGUCCUACCCUGACAGGAACAGUGCUGCUUCACUACUCUCCACAUCAACAUGCUCAGACACCAGCUACUUGCUUGGCAGCACGUUGUCUUUGGCCAGUGAAGACGCAGGCUGUCUCGAGUCGAUCCUCUCUUCUCCAUGUGGAGCCUGUGGUGACGGAUGCAGGACGAGGCACUAUGACACCCAAUACAGCUCAGAUCAUCACGGGCAGGAGGUGCCCACAAACUGCUCACUUAGCAGUCCUGAGCAGUCCCUCUCUGGCUCUUUUACUGAUAUUCCGAUGUUGCUGAUCAACGGCGUCCCGCUCCGGGACUUGCAGGUCAACACGUCUCCUGUAUCAGAAAAUGGCUCAGCGCAGAAGUCAUUCACUCCCCACGGUUUGCAAGCCAAUUUGAAUGGCAGUCAGACGUCAAUGAAGUUUGUUAUGGACUCAUCAAAAUGUUGGUUCUGUCCACAUAUCAGCAGAGCAGAAGCUGAGGCCCUGGUAAAGGACAGAGAACCAGGAACAUUUGUGGUGAGAGACAGCACCACCUACAGAGGAAGUUUCGGCCUGGCCAUGAAGGUGGAUCUAACGGCAACCGGUUCUUCUGCCACUGCUGAGACAGGAGGAGAGAGAAGCUGCCAAUUUGUCAAGCACUUUCUUAUCGAGUCAUCAGCAAAAGGUGUUCGCCUUAAAGGGUCCUCUCAGGAGCCAUACUUCGGAAGCCUUUCUGCCCUUGUGUACCAGCACACUAUUUCAGCUUUCGCUUUACCCUGCAAAUUACUCCUCCACUCCCAAGAAUUGGGUGGAGAAGAAGAAAAAAGGAAAGACAUCUUGGCCUCAGACAACAAGCAGGGAACAGCUUCCAAUUUCAUCUACCUGAAUGCCGUUCCCACCGAGAGGUUGACAGGACCUUGUGCGGUUGACAGGGCGGUUUCCUGCACACUCCAACUGCUUUCCGGUUCCUUUGAACCCACCAUCGUCAACCUGAAAGUGUCCUUCAAGGGCAUCACGCUGACAGACGUCAACAGGAAGCAUUUUUUCAGACGUCAUUAUCCUGCUCACCUGCUUAGCUACAGCGGAGAUGAUCCAGAAGAUCGGAGGUGGAGGAAAGGUUCAAGUUUUGGUGCAAAGAUGUUUGGCUUUGUGGCGAAAGGCGUGGAAGCUGGCAUGGAGAACGUGUGCCACGUCUUUGCCGAAUAUGACCCUCUGCAGCCCUGCAGCACAGCUGUCAAGGUUAUUCAGGCUGUCAUAGCCAAGUCACCGGCGCACUGAUACCGAAACGCCAUCCGACGCUUUGCACUGACUCAUCUUCUCAGGUAAUGGGUGAUUACGACGUCGGCCAUCAUUGGCUGGCUCGUAUUCAGCAGAAUAGCUUUUCUGUGGUUGCCAUGGCAACCCCACUUUAACACCGCUGACCCGUCAAAGCAAAUGUUGUGUUGUGUUAGUGCUCGGGUCGGGUUGGGUCUGGCGUGCGGGCCUCGUUCAAACACGUUAAGGUCAUCAGACCCAUCAUAACUUUGACAAGUCCUGUUAAGAUCCACUGGCUUCACACGUCUGGUGGGAACCAGUGUGCACUGACACGUUACAACUGCAGGUGGCGCUCCGGGGCAGAACAAAAGCUUCCUCACCGUCAACCCCGACAAUAGUGAAUGUGACAAGAUACGAUCUAAUUGUGAAUUUGAACUCUUCAGCUGAUGAGGACUCAUCAUCCCUCAUGUGAGAAACACCUGACAGUACAAGCAUGUAGCGUGAAUGUAACAGCAAGCCCGGUUGAGAUGGAUUGGACGCAUCCCGCUGUGUAGAAGGCAUCCAACAGCCGUAUUUUCACACCAAAACUUCAUUUUUGUAUUCACAAAUGAAUGAAAAUAGACUGGAAAUCAUACGUGUGUAUUUAGUUAGUCAGUGGCGGAUGCAGCAGCUGCAGUCUGAAUGAAACAACACUUCUGUGUAAAAUGCCACAUCCCCACACAGGUUGCACAUCACUUCCAGACAGAGCGUAUCACCGUCCGGUACAUUCAGUUUGUGUGCCUAACUGCACACAAUAUAUCAUGUAUCAUUAUGUGCUGCUGCUGUUGAAAAGGUUCAUUAUUUGACUAGAACUGCUAUUAUUCAUUUUUAUUGGCAUUUCAAAGCUAAAACUAUGCAAACAUACCCUAAGCUAGGGAUGUGUGGGGGGCCACUUUGAUGCACUGUAUGUCAAUAUAUGCUAAACUAUCGAAACAAAACAUCUACAUCUCAGCUUUGUUACAGCUGACAAUGCAACUUCAUGUAAUAUAUGCUAAUGUCACUAUGCUAAUGUCACACUAGCAUAGUAGUAUUUUAGCAGUUUACAUGAGUAGAAACCUAUAUAAACACUGAGUGCUAUCAUGUCCGGUGUUAGCAUGUUAGCACUAGCAUGCUAAUAUUAGCAUAGUGGCAUUUCUUUCACAUUUUUGUAAGUAUUAACACACGCAGACACUUAGCUCUUCCGUGCUGGGUGUUGCGUGUUAACAUUGGCAUGUUAGUAUUGUUAGCAUGCUAAUGUCGCCUCUUCUGCUUCGACACUCGCAACUUUCAUGCUCAUUUUUCCCGCUUCGUCCCUUCAUUCAGCUCACGCAUUCACACGCCAUUUCUCCAGAAACUGUAGAUCCUCUAGUUAAUUCAUUUUAUUUUUACAACAUGCUUUGGGCCAAUAAAAAUGAACAGCAGGCCACACUUUGGACACCCUUGCCCUAAGUGCAUGUUUCAGAUCCUACUAUUUAUUGUACUAUAAAAAUGUAUUCUAUGUUUCAUCUUGUUGCUGUGUUUUUUGUUACGACGAAGAAUAAAUUUUGU